UCAUCAUUUUAAGAACACCCCAAAACCCACUUUCUCUCUCUAGACUCUCUUCAUGGAGGACCCAUCACAAACUCACACUCUCUCUCUAAGCACCCAUGGAGACCACUUCUACCGAAGCCUCUCAUCCAAAGAGCCCUCUUUCUCAGAACUUGCUCUAUCUCGUCCCCGUUUCAGCACAGCUUCCCCCUCUAAGACACAGCACCAUGACCCACUACCCUUUCUCUUCAAAAAACAAGGAGCAAGAGCUUACACGAUGUGCAUCUCCUCUCUCCUGCAAAAAGAUGGCCAAAUUCUCUCUCUAGCCGUGUCUAAUGGCUUUGUUUGCACAGGCACUGAAACCAAGUCCAUCAGAGUAUGGAAGCUACCUGAUUUCACUAUACAUGGGUGCUUCAAAGCUGGUUGCUCAGGUGUUAGAGCACUUUCUCUCUCUAGAGGCCAUGUGUUUGCAGCCUAUAGAGACUUGAAGAUACGGAUGUGGCAUGAGUCGCUGGAAAAUUUCACGGCCGGGAGCCGCAAAGGCGGUCCGAAGUUCAGUAGUUAUUUUCAUAAAGAUCAUAGGACAUCUUCAGCUAAACAUUUAGGGGCGAUCACUUCGUUGGUGGCAAACCCUUCCGAGGAUCUUCUUUAUUCGGCUUCAAUCGAUAAGACGGUUAGGGUUUGGAGGAUAUCGGAUUUGAGGUGCAUUGAGACCAUUGAGGCACAUAAAGAGGCUGUGAAUGCCAUUGCAUUAGGUGGAGAUGGCACAGUGUUCACUGGCUCAGACGACACAACCGUAAAAGUAUGGCGACGAAGCUAUAGUGAGAAGCGGCGCCACUGCCUUGCAGUGAGCCUUUUCGUCAAAUACUCGCCAGUGAAAGUCCUGGCCUUGGGCAACAGAGGCACUCACCUAUAUGCCGGUUGCUCAGAUGGCUAUGUCCAUUUUUGGCUAAGGGCCUUUUUUUCAGGCCAAAUGCAAUAUGGUGGUGUUCUAAGAGGGCACAAACAUGUAGUCAUGUGUUUAGCUUGUGUGGGUCAUUUUGUAGUUAGUGGCUCAGCAGAUUCAACAAUUAGGGUUUGGUAUAGGGAUAGAGAGAACUUUCAUAUUUGUUUGGGUGUAUUAGAAGGCCAUAGAGGCCCAAUUAAGUGCCUCGUAGCAGUUUUAGAUCGCAAUGACGAUGGUGAUGGUGAUGAUGAUGAUGACUAUGACAAUAAUAAUGAUCGUGCCAGCCGAGGUUGUAAAGUAUGCAGUGGAAGUGUUGAUGGGAUUCUAAAGGUUUGGCAGGUAAGAAGAAUUAGCCACGCUUGUGAGGAACAAGUGCAAGAACAAGCUACUCAAAACUAUUUUGAGAUUUAAGAAUUGUACUUUUAUGUUCUAAUCAAUGUCUUCUACAAAACUAUUUUGGAAAUUUAAUGGCUGGGGUGACAUUUUUG